AUGAACUGGAGGCUUGUUGAGUUCCUCUACCUCCUGUUUAUAUGGGACCAUAUACUAGUACAGCCCUCCCACCAGGACCCAGCUGCUACCAACCAACAUGUCUCCAAGGAGUUUGAUUGGCUUAUUUCAGACAGGGGGCCUUUCCACCACUCACGGAGCUACUUAUCCUUUGUGGAAAGACAUCGUCAAGGAUUUACAACCAGAUAUAAAAUAUACAGGGAGUUUGCCCGUUGGAAGGUGAGGAACACAGCCAUUGAGCGGAGGGACCUGCUCCACAAUCCACUGCCCCUGAUGCCUGAGUUCCAGAGGAGCAUCCGCCUCCUGGGCAGGAGACCCACCACACAGCAGUUCAUCGAUACCAUCAUCAAAAAGUACGGCACCCACAUCCUCAUCUCUGCCACCCUGGGAGGAGAGGAGGCCUUGACCAUGUACAUGGACAAAAGCCGCCUUGACAGAAAGUCAGGAAAUGCUACCCAGAGCGUUGAAGCAUUGCACCAGCUUGCUUCCUCCUACUUUGUAGACCGUGAUGGCACUAUGAGGAGACUCCAUGAGAUCCAGAUCUCUACCGGAGCAAUCAAGGUAACAGAAACUCGGACUGGCCCCCUGGGCUGUAACAGCUACGACAAUCUGGACUCUGUGAGUUCUGUCCUUCUGCAAAGCACUGAGAGUAAACUCCACCUGCAAGGUCUCCAGAUCAUCUUCCCUCAGUAUUUACAGGAGAAGUUUGUCCAGUCUGCCUUGAGCUACAUCAUGUGCAAUGGCGAAGGGGAGUACAUCUGCAGGAACAGCCAGUGUGGCUGCCAGUGUGCGGAGGAGUUCCCGCAGUGCAACUGCCCCAUCACUGACAUCCAGAUCAUGGAGUACACAUUGGCAAACAUGGGCAAGACCUGGACAGAAGCCUAUAAAGAUCUGGAGAAUUCAGAUGAGUUUAAAUCCUUCAUGAAAAGGCUACCUAGCAACCACUUCCUGACCAUUGGGAGCAUCCACCAGCACUGGGGGAAUGACUGGGAUCUGCAGAACCGCUACAAGCUGCUACAGAGUUCCCUGGAAGCCCAGCGCCAGAAGAUCCAGCGCACUGCCCGCAAACUCUUUGGCCUCAGUGUCCGGUGUCGACACAAUCCUAACCACCAGCUGCCUAGAGAAAGGACAAUACAGGAAUGGCUUACACGGGUCCAGUCCCUGCUCUACUGCAAUGAGAAUGGAUUCUGGGGGACCUUUCUGGAAAGCCAACGGAGCUGCGUUUGCCAUGGUGGCACCAGCCUGUGCCAGCGCCCCAUCCCCUGCAUCAUUGGGGGCAACAACAGCUGUGCUAUGUGCAGCCUUGCCAACAUCUCCCUCUGUGGCUCAUGCAACAAGGGCUAUAAGCUUUACCGGGGUCGCUGUGAGCCUCAGAACGUAGACUCGGAGCGAAGUGAGCAGUUCAUCAGCUUUGAGACAGACUUGGACUUCCAAGACCUAGAGCUGAAGUACCUGCUGCAGAAAAUGGACUCUCGCCUGUACGUGCACACCACUUUCAUCAGCAACGAGAUCCGCCUGGACACCUUCUUCGACCCCAGGUGGCGCAAACGUAUGUCCCUCACCUUGAAGAGCAACAAGAACCGGAUGGACUUCAUCCACAUGGUGAUCGGGAUCUCCAUGCGAAUCUGCCAGAUGCGCAACAGCAGCCUGGACCCUAUGUUCUUUGUCUAUGUCAACCCCUUCAGCGGAAGUCAUUCCGAGGGCUGGAACAUGCCCUUUGGGGAGUACGGCUACCCACGCUGGGAGAAAAUCCGCCUCCAAAACAGCCAGUGCUACAACUGGACCCUGCUACUGGGCAACCGGUGGAAAACCUUUUUUGAGACUGUCCACAUCUACCUACGCAGCCGGACUCGGCUGCCCUCCCUACUGCGUAACGAGACUGGCCAAGGGCCUGUGGACCUUUCUGACCCCACCAAGCGCCAGUUCUACAUCAAGAUCUCAGAUGUGCAGGUGUAUGGCUACAGCCUGCGUUUUAACGCCGACCUACUGCGCAGUGCUGUGCAGCAGGUCAACCAGUCCUACACACAAGGCGGGCAGUUCUAUUCUUCCUCCUCCGUCAUGCUCUUGCUGCUGGAUAUUCGGGACCGAAUCAAUAGACUGGCACCUCCUGUGGCCCCAGGAAAGCCCCAGCUGGAUCUGUUCUCUUGUAUGCUCAAGCACCGCCUGAAACUCACCAACAGCGAGAUCAUCCGCGUGAACCAUGCUCUAGACCUGUACAACACCGAGAUCCUCAAACAGUCAGACCAGAUGACAGCCAAACUCUGCUAACCCAGACUUUUCAAUGGACAUGUUGGUGAUUGAUUCUUUUGCUGUAAAAAAAAUUAAAAAAAUAAAAGAGCGAAAAAAGAA